CCUGGAGAAACUCCUAAACUUUCAACUUCAUUCUUGGCCCAUCUCACGCUCAAACUCACAGCAACUCACGAAAACCACCAUUUUCGCUGAUCGAAACCGACCGAAAGUUGUCGCACAUACUAAUAGAGAUUUUUGCUCGUUGAUUUCUCUCUCCUUCGAGCGAUUUCCGUUCUCUACGGCGCAGUCAGGCAACGCCUUCUCCCUUGCCCGGCCAACCUCGGUCGCGUGGCCGGAACAUCGCGCGUAGUUCGACCAAAGUAUUGCAGAUCCAACCCAUCAAUACUCAUGCAUGGUGUCUCAUAACAUCACCAGCGACAGAUAUGAUGGUCGGAGGGCGGAGGAAGCGGUAAUAGCAGCCCCUUCUCGCCAUGACUCGCCCUGCUGGUGCGGGCUUCGCCCAGUUCUUCCCUGCAGCGCCGCGAGCCGCAAGGGACAGGGCAAUGGAGCGCGAGAGGGCACGAUUGAAAGCACUCGAGUCUCCGUCUUUGCAAGCAGUCAGCGCCAAUGGCCGCCUCCCCCCGGUGGAAGCUUCAGCCUUCUCAAAUCCGGACGGUACGCUCGUUAACGGCUUCGCAUCGAGACCACAGCCCAAUGGAACCGGUCCUGACGUGGCGCAUCCGUCGGCGGAUGAUACCGAGUCACUAACCGGCGACACACCCAAUGUGGGCGGCGGAUCUGCCAGCUCUCGUGGCAGCUCAAAUUCCUCCAUAUUCAGUGCUCCGACGCGACCGAGCGCCUCGGCUGCCGUAAGACUCUCAACCAGCCAACUUACCCCUCCCACCACCAUCGGAUCCCCGUCUUCAUGUUUAUCUACGGCCGCCCCUAAAAAGGCGCACUCGACCACCCCCCAUCAUGCCGACGCAAUAGACGGAUCAAUCUCGAUACCCAACGGAUCUCUCCGUGACACCACGGCUGCUCUGUCCGGCGUCGCCGAUCGCGUGCCUGUCCGAGAUCCCACCCGCUCGAUCAUAUGCAUCAAGUGCACAUAUGACCCCGCCCUGGAUACUUCGUUGUCGAGCUCCGAGAAGAGGAAGACAAAACCGAUAUACAAGGAGUAUGGCGUGGAUGAACAAGAUGACGCUCCCCCCUCAGACCCUCGCCUAUCCAAAGGCGGGAGGUUGAACUACAUUAAUGUCGAUUUCCAUCUUCCCCGAGCCCGGUUACGACAAGCUCCCUACAACCUCAGGCCGUACAAGUAUGACCCUAAAACCUCCUGUGGCCCUGGACCCCCGACUCAGAUCGUGGUCAUCGGCUUCAAUCCUUUGAUUACCUUCUCCAAGGUGACCGCCGUGUUUGCCUCUUUCGGAGACAUCGCCGAGAGCAGCAACAAGAUGCACCCUGAGACCGGGAGCUAUCUAGGCUUUGCUACAUUCCGCUACAGGGACUCAAAACCAAGCCGCUCACGCCCCGUGCCUGUCACAGCAGCAGACGCUGCAAGGCGCGCCAUCCGCGCAAUGAACGGGAAACGGAUCGAGGCGAACUCUGUUCGCGUCGAGUACGAUCCCGAGGGCAGAAAGAGUUCGCGCAUGCUAGAAGAGGUGCUGAAGAAGGGUAAGGAAUGGGAACAGACACGGGGCGAGCCAAAGAUACCGACAGGCCCAAAAUCCAAGGAGAUACCCCCGGGACCCCCGCCGACUGCACCGAAAGCGCCAGCGGCGCAUCGCGGCAUAGCACCCGUUCCGGGCGUGUGGAUGCCGAAGCCCAAACCCGAGGCCUUGAUUGAAGCUGAACCCGUCGUAUCGCGUAUAAAGAGCGAGCCGUACAUCUUUGUUGCGCACGAGCACGUCCCCGUCAUGCCUACCACGGUUGCUCAUAUGAAGAGGCGCCUGAAGAUGUACUUGUUUGAGGAUGUCCGCGCCGACAGAACCGGCUACUAUAUUAUAUUCCGCGAUUCGGGCUAUGGGCGUGCCGAGGCCGAGCGAUGUUACCGAGCCGUAGACCGCACAGCCUUCUUUACCUACACAAUGGUCAUGAAGCUGCACCUGUAUGGCACUAUAGGAAAGGCUGCCCACCCGUCUGGAGCCCGGCAGCGUAGUCGGACGCCGGACCAGAGACGGGUAGACGACACCAGGCUUCACCAUCGCAGCCGACAUGAUGAAGAUAGAUUGCGGCGUGAAGAACAAGACCGGCGCAGGCGGGAAGAAGAGGCAGACUUGGAAGAAGAGAAGAGGCAGAGAGCGAAAAACUUCGACCCGGUCUUGGAGGCCACGGAUGUGGUACUCCGGGAGAUGAAAGAACAGUUGAUCAAACACAUCCGGACGAAGAUCGCAGCCCCGGCUUUGUUUGAAUACCUGAAUCCUGCCAACCACGUUGCCAGGCGCCAGAGACUCGGUAUCGAGGACCCCCGUAGUGCGGGACUUCCGCCGAUCGUCUUGGACGAAUGGGAAGACAAGUCUCCGGUUGGCACGCCUAACUCUAGGGCGGACCCGAUUGAGAGACGAACAGCUCGGCUUGAUGUCACUGCAUUGCCUCGUAUUCGCAAAGUCAAGAACGCCGGACUGAACAUUCGCAAGCAUGGGUUCAACGAUCCUUUUGCGCGCAACCGUCAGCCGGCUAGGCGCAGCGCUUUCCGAUCUCUCCACUACCGUCUCAGAACCGAUAGCGACGUUGAGUCUGAGGAUGAAUUCGAGAAUCGCGCGUCACUUGGCAGGGAUACAGAGGAGCCCGAGUCUCGACCUCGGAGCCGUAUGAGCACGGACGAUGACGCGACCAAGGAAGACUACACAUCAUGGGGCCCUGGCGAUGAUGAUUCCAUGACAGAGGCGAGUUUCGCCCUCAACGAUGGCUCGCUAUUGCCCAAGAAGAGGAAGCUGGAUCUCCAGGUGGAAACGGCCAUCAAGCGGCAGAAGAAGACAGACGAAGAGCUUUUCGGGGUGGCCAUUGAUCGGAUUGAGACGGAGUUUCCUUCGAGAGAGCCUUCUCCUGAUGAUGUCGUUUUACCUGACUUUGAACGCCCUGAGGAAAAGGACACAGACAGCUCCCGGAUGCCCACGCCUCUACCGCCUGGAGACAAAGCCAAGAAGAAGCCUUCAAAGGCGAAGAAGAAAUCUAAAAAGCAGCUGUUUGAGGAAAGAGAAGCCUUCAAACGUCAGCAGCUGGAGAUAUUUGAAAAGGAGGCGCUACAGCCCGAAGAGAACGAGAUCAAGCCGACGCCAGACGGUGAUGUCGAAUCGAAGAAAGAAGCGGGGGCACCAGAGACUGGCCCGGAAGAUGAAAAGCCAGAUCUCGACGAGAAUCUGUAUCCGCCAGAGAAGAUCUCGGCGCUUAAGCUUCCACCCGAUUUCAGCCUUGAUGUGCUAGCCCUGCAGGAGUUGGCGCUCGGGGAUACUGAUCAGCCGGACAUUGGCAGGCUUCGCAAGAAAUUCGGCCCCGGCAACAUUGAGGAUCCCGAGCUUUGGCUGUGGAAGCGGAAUCGCAUUCGUGAACUGAACUCGGUUGACGGGACCGCGAGGAAUCCAGUGUCGAUUGAGGGCUACUAUGUUCCGAACCCCAGCGGCUGCGCCAGGACCGAGGGGGUGAAGAAGAUCCUUAACUCGGAAAAAUCCAAGUAUCUUCCGCAUCAUAUCAAGGUCCAGAAGGCCAGAGAAGAGCGGCAAGCGCAGACGGGCAAGAACGCCAAAGAUGCAGCUGCCGCCGCUGCCGAAGCUGCCAGGCUCGCUGCUGAGAGCCUUGUGGCCAGGGGCAAUUCCCGGGCUAAUCGUGCCAACAACCGUCGGUUCGUGGCCGAUCUCAACGAUCAGAGGAAGACGCUUGGGCAGGACUCGGAUGUCUUGCGGUUCAACCAGCUCAAGAAGCGCAAGAAACCGGUCAAGUUUGCGAGGUCAGCCAUCCACAACUGGGGACUGUAUGCCAUGGAAAACAUACCCAAGGACGACAUGAUCAUUGAGUACGUGGGCGAGGAAGUCCGGCAGCAAAUCGCCGAGAUACGGGAGAACCGGUAUCUCAAGAGCGGCAUCGGCAGCAGCUACCUCUUCCGCAUAGACGAUAACACGGUGAUUGAUGCGACCAAGAAGGGCGGCAUCGCGCGGUUCAUCAACCACAGCUGCAUGCCCAACUGCACGGCCAAGAUCAUCAAGGUGGAAGGCAGCAAGCGCAUCGUUAUAUAUGCCCUUCGGGACAUUGCGCAGAACGAGGAGUUAACAUACGACUACAAGUUUGAGCGUGAGCUCGGUAGCACGGACCGGAUACCCUGCUUGUGCGGAACGGCAGCGUGCAAGGGCUUUCUCAACUAAUACAGUGCCCUCUUAAUGCCUUGGGGAGGACCGGCUGGGUGCCCGGUUAGUGGAUACUAUGGUGAUGCCUCUGUGGCGGACGGAAAAGGGGAUCAUGGUGAUCGGUGGUUCGGUUGGCCAGUCAUUGGUAGCUGGUGAUUUUUACGAGACGGCGACCAGGCGUUUACGUCCGUUCUCGACGAGGUUAUUUAUAUUUGGAGCAUUUGCAGAGCGAAUUC